CGCCGUUUCGCGACUUCCCUCGUUCAACCACCGUUGCGCCAGGAGCUUUCAAACAACUCUAUCCCUUUGAACAUCCACACUCGCCCAUCUUCAUCUUUUGAUCAUGGACUCUCCUAACAGCGAUCUCUCGGACUACGCGUCUGAUUACUUUCCUGAAGAUGUAAAGGGCCGACGGGCCAGCUACGAACACACUCCCGACCAUGAUGGUAGCGGUCGUCCUAGCAAACGGCCGCGACUCCAUCUGCGCGCACAUUCAGAUCCUCCUGUGCCGCAACUGCCUCCUAUUGAGGAUUAUGGAGAGAUAUCAGAGGAUACAGAUGGCUCAGUACCUGCAUCACCGCAUCAUCCGGGGAUGUCUGCGGAGGACGACUACGGCCAGGAACAGGUGUCCGCCUGCAAAUGGGAAGGCUGCGAAGCCGGCGAUCUAGGCGACAUGGACAAGCUGGUCGAUCACCUCCAUGAGGAUCACAUCGGAACAAGACAAAAACGAUACAGCUGUGAAUGGAGCGAUUGUAGUCGCAAGGGCAUACCACAUGCCUCAGGAUACGCCCUUAGAGCUCACAUGCGAAGCCAUACACGAGAGAAGCCUUUUUACUGCACACUUCCAGAAUGCGAUCGCUCCUUCACUCGUUCUGAUGCUUUGGCUAAGCACAUGCGCACCGUCCACGAAACCGAAGCCCUACGGCCAUCAGACCCCGUGCCGAAACACCAUUCCUCAAACCCCUCCAACAAAGUCCAACGCCUGCGUCUAGUUUUGAACAACGACUCUCGCAAACACGACAAAGGCUCAGCUUCCCCUUCCCAUGCUGCGAACAGCGCCGCAGCAAUUGUCGCGGACGCCGAGUACGCGCACAACAACGCCGUCUACGUGCAAGAGACCGGCAACACACAAACGAUGGUGCAAUUCCCCGAAGACAUGAACUUCAGCGAUCGUGAACUUGCCCUCCCUGCGCCAGAACUCUUCCACCUCCUUAACCGACAACUUCGCUGGGCAACACACGAGAGCGAGCAACUGCGCGCCGAUGUGGAACUUCUCGAGAAAAAGCGCAAGAACGAGUGGGUCGCGAAGGAGCUGCUCAUGGAAAAUUACAUGGAAGCGUCGCUUUCGCAUGCGAGGCGUAGGCGGAUGGAUGCUGGGUUGCUAGAUGAGCCCGAGAGCUUCCAACAUCUCGACGAGGACGCAUCAGCGGCGAAGACGCUGAAGGUCGAGGCCAAAGAAGGCAGACUGCCGUGGUGGAGGGAGGCUGGCUGGCUUCAGAAACUCACGGAGGCCGAAAAGACGAGAGAGAAGCUGCUGGAAAGGGAGGAACCUGCGCCCGAGGAGACACAAGAGGGAACGCAGGACGAAAUUCAAGAAGGUACACAAGAGGAAACCCAGGAGGAUACGCAGGAAGUGGCCAAGCCUGUGGAGUCUACUGAAGAAGUAGCCGCAUAGCGAAUUCCCAGCAUUCCAUGCCAGACAUAUAACCUGGUGAGCGCGCAUGAUCCAUGCUGCGUAAAUAUUCUACUGCUCAAAUUUCGUGCGCCCGGCGACUGUUUUGUUUUUUUAUUUGAUCAUGUCCAAGGAGUUAUUAAAGGAAGAGGUUUCCGAGGGACUGCAAAUACCCCAAUUGGUCGGAAAGGAAAGUUGACUUGGUAAUGCGAAUUCAUUGCCGGAUACACUAUAAUACAAAUAACCCAUUCAGUGAUUUAUUUUUCCAACGAGAAUGCUCUGUGGUGUGGGCGAAUCCGAAAAUAGAAAAUC